UCUUUCCCAAAGCUGUCAGAGCAAUACCCGUUUAUUUUCCCUGGUGAGAUGCAGCCCGUCAUGCCCAGGCCCCGAGAGCCGAGGCCUUCCGAGGCGCUGGCCGUGACCCCGCGCCGCCGCCGCGGUGGUCGGGCUCUUCCCGGAGCUGAGCUUGCUCAGGUGACGUCAUUAACCACCUGCAACACGCUUGUCCCUCAAUUCAUUCUUUUCUUUUCUCCUGUGAAGCCUUCGCAAGGCUGGCUGCAGGACUGCGCUUCAGCAACGCAUCAGGACGGUCUCACGGUCUGCUUCCCAGGCGAGAGCUCCCGGCUGUCCGGCCAGGCCUCUCACAGCUGCUGGCACCGCACAAAGCGCCGCAGCCACGUCCCCGCGCCCGUGUCCCGCCCAUCUGCGCACACGCAGCACAGCGGGGACCCGGCAGCGACAGGAGCCACGUUCUCCAAGAACAGCCUCGCGGAGCGGGGACAACCCCUGCGCCGAGGCGGGAGCCCGGGACAGGCGGCGGCAGUGACGGCGCGAGGGCCCGAGAGACGGGGAACCGGGCGGAGGCAGCGGAUCCUGGGCUGCGGAGACGGCCCGGGGCCGGGAACGGGAACAGGAAUGGGAACGGGAAAAAGAAUGGGAACGGGAAAAGGAAUGGGAACGGGAAAAGGAAUGGGAACGGGAAAAGGAACGGGAAUGGGAACGGGACCGGGAAUGGGAACGGGACCGGGCGGGGGCGGUGCGGGGACAGCUCCGCCCCGCUCCACAGCGCCGCCCCGCGGCCGCCACGGCCCCCGCAGGUCCCGCUGCGCCACGGGCGGACCCGCCCCCAGCCGGGAAAGGGUCGGGGCAAGGGAAGGGUCUGCGCCGCAACCGGGGAAGGGUCGGGGCAAGGGAAGGGUCUGCGCCGCUCUGUGCCCACCUCACCCGGCACCUGCUCCAGAGCCGCCUCACUGCUGUGCCAGCCUCCUCCUAUUCACGCUCCCCUCUGAGCCAGGGCCGCGGCCUUGAAGCUCUCCUCGAUUUACUAAAUGGCUUCCUGCUUUCGGAGACAGCGCCUCUGCAGCUGCCGCUGUGAAGGAUGUGCCCAUCGCCGCCUCACAGCUCCCACAGAGAGCAACGGGCAUCCCGAGGGCAGCAGAGCUGCUCCCUCUGCUCCCAGCAGAAAAACAAUCACCACCUGAGGCAGGCUCAGAAAGUUGUCUCUGUUCUGUUUCACUCAAAAGCGAACUGACAGGUACAGAGCAUCCUCCAAGAAGUUUUAAUCAACUACUCACCUGCGGGACUCUUGUUCCCAGAAAUCCCCGAUUUGUCCCUUUUUUCUUACUUUACCAGCAUCAUCCUCACUGUACUGCUGGAGUGAACCACUGAUCACUGCAGAGGAAACACACAUAGCUACUGGAAUAUUCUGCUUUCUAAUCUGUGGCACUAAAGUCUCCCAGCAGUGCUCACAGCACAGGGGUGCAGCAGGCAGAAAACACCAAUCCACAGAAACUGGAAAGAUCAUUUUGCUGUUACUUUAGCGAGAACUUUUCCAUAAGCACACAACACAGGGUUUGCUUGAACUGUGCUGAACUGAUGCUUACCUGGAGGAGAUGCCUCUUGGUUUCCAGGACACGGACACUUCUCUGAGAUCUGAAGACACCAAAACUUACACUUUGCAAUGUUUCCUCUGUUUUACCUUAGACAUAAACCUGAGCAGAGUUAGACCUGCCCGGGUACUGAAGCAGAUAUUCACAGCAGUGACUGAGCAGGCCCAGAUGUUUGUUCAGAGCUAUCAGUGCAAACCCAAACCUCUGGCAGCCACUGACAGCAUCAGAAGAUGCUUCUCCUAGAAGAGAAGAAACCAGUCUGUUGCAUGAAAAGUGGUAACCCUGGCACUGGUCUGCUACUGCCUCACUGACACUGCACUGCUCUAUUUUGUUCAGAAAAGAGCUACUGAAUUUAAUUACACUGCAACAACAUCUACAGCCAAAAAAUUCAACAAAACUGGUUUAAUUUCAGAAAAUGUGUUAAAAUAUAUAUAUAUAUUUGUACAUCAAUUUGACACACUGCAUUAGUUUACACAAAUGAUGGUCUUUUUUGAAACUGUAUUUAUGAAAUGUACAUUUUUAAUUUAAAUACUCAGUAUACACUGCAUUUAAUCUGCAUGUUGCAUUUAUUAAAUACAUUAAAUCUGCAAUGUAACAAAACGUUUUCUGCAUACGAAAUUCAAAACACCAUUUUAAAUGAACAAAAGAUGGCUCACUUCAUUUAUUUGUUUUAACAACUAGUGCCUAGCACACUAGCUUAGCUCCACCAACACCAGCUGUUCUUUCUCUUUAUUGACAUUGUUCACAGACUAGUACAUAUUACACUAAGAGUGCUGGAUAAAAACAUGAGGUACGGAAGUGGUUCAAAGAUUACAGGUCAUGCAGAUCAUGCGAGACAGCAAAGAAAGUUGUGAAUGAGAAAACACUAAAUAAAAAAUACAUAAAGAAUGUGCAUUAUAAAAUUAAAAAAAAACCCAAAACAACAAAACAAAAAACCAACAACCAACUCAAUUAUACAGCUUUGCUUCUUUGGUUACAAAGUAGGUUGAACAAUUUCACAGCUUUUUAUUCCCACCCAAAAAACCAAACCAAAAACGAAAUGUCAAAAAGCAGAGGAAUCAUGGCCCCCUUCUCUCUAUUAAAAAGUAGAAACAGAAAUGAGCAAAGUUUUCUUCAUCAAAAUAGCCCAUCACUUAUUUAU